UUUGAACCGACUUAACCCGCUAGGUCUGGGUCCUGGUCCCUUCCGCCGCUUUCGGUUCCCUCGCUCCAUCUUCUGCCGCCUGAGAAGGCGAAAACUUGGCUUCCCUUGGAGAGCCGAGAGUGCCUGCUGCCUUCGUCCCCUUCUCCUCCAUUCGAGAUGGUUUUAUCCAACAAGAAGCUCAAGGCGAAGUUUCGAUCCCUCCUCGCGGAAUCCUUCGCCGCACCCAAAGACUCCGGGAGCGGCGCCGUUGAUGAGCAGCUGGAGCACGUCAAAGAAAUCCUGGGAUCCCGGAAGAAGCCCAGGCCAUCGUCUAAGAGGGGGAAGAGAAGAAAGAAGCCCAAGGACUCGAAGCCCGUCGAGGAAAGCGGAGAAGCCCAGAAUGAUAACCAGGAGAACGAUGAGUCGAUCGGUUUGAAGGAGGAGAAGCAGGAGAAGAAGAAGAGUGGAAAGAGGAAGAGGGAAAGCAAUCGAGCCGACGAAGCAACAGAAAACGAGCAGCAGCAGCAGAAGAAGAAGAAGAAGAAGGAAAAAAAGAAGAAAAAGGAUAAGAAGAAAGAGAAGGGGAAGGGGAAGAAGGAAGAUAAGCAAGAGGACGAGAAGCACGAGAAGGGUAAUGAGAGUAUAAGUGGAGAGAACAACGAUAGACGGGUACAAGAGUCCAUCAAUAUCGAGCAAAGCGAACAAGAUGCGAAGAAGGUUUACGUAGGUGGCAUCCCUUACUACUCGUCUGAGGACGAUAUAAGGAGCUUCUUUGAAGGUUGUGGCACUGUAACCGAAGUGGAUUGCAUGAUGUUUCCUGAAAGUGGGAAGUUCAGGGGAAUUGCCAUUCUUACAUUCAAGACGGAAGCUGCUGCAAAAAGGGCUUUAGCUCUGGAUGGUGCUGAUAUGGGUGGAUUUUACUUAAAGAUAAAACCCUUUAAAGCCAACCGCACCGAGAAAUCAGAUUUUGCACCCGAGAUGGUGGAGGGCUACAACAGAAUCUAUGUCGGAAAUCUGUCAUGGGAUAUAGCUGAAGAUGAUUUGAGAAAGCUUUUCUCUGAUUGCAAAAUCUCUUCUAUCCGAUGGGGUACAGACAAGGAAACUGGUGACUUCAAAGGCUAUGCGCAUGUUGACUUCGUUGACAGCAUAUCCCUGACCAUUGCAUUGAAGCUAGACCAGAAAGUCAUAUGUGGACGGCCGGUUAAAAUUAGAUGUGCGGUUCCUAGAAAGGAAGUAGAAACCAAGUCGAGCUCAAAACCUUCUGGCGAGAAGGCUGAGGCUAGCACAAAUGGAGGAGGUCCAAAGAAGAAGAGGAGAACGUGCUAUGAGUGUGGUGUUCCUGGCCAUCUCUCUUCUUCUUGCCCUAAGAAAAUAGCUGUUGAAGUCAAUGGUUCUGGUGCUUAGAGUUGAUUGUGAAUUGUUGGCUUCAAUUGUUUUUAUUCCUGGAUGGUAUUGUUGACCCUUCAACUGAAUUACAUUGAUGCCAUUUACUUCUAGUCAAGGUUACAAUGCAAAAUUGCAGACACGGUGUAUUGGAAGAUUACUGCCAGAGGAACUUAUUCAAAGAUGGGAGGUCUUUUUUUUUUUUGUAAAAAAACUUAGUGCAUAAAACAAGCUUCUUAGUCAGUUUAUAUAUAUAUAUAGACAAGGGGGAGAAAGCACCACUUGCUUCAAAAAUGAUGAAAUAAAAACUGCCUUCCAACCCGGGAAAGAAAAGAGGAGAAAGAUGCCAUUAAUUGAGGAAGAAAGCUUGGAUAUGCUGGGUUUUGUCCAGGAGAAGCUUCUUUGUCAGCCAAAAUUAGAUUUUGCUAUUAUUAUAGGCUGGAUAGAGAUGGUUAUGGUUGACUGGGAACAUCGAUCGGUUGGUGUUCUGAGAUUUUUUUUUCUUUUUUUUCGAGUGCAAGUUGAUAGGGGUUUUGUGAAUCCAGUGCAGGAAGCAUGUGGCGUGGAAACUGUGUUGAAAAAUGUUUCUUUCCAUCUCUGUUUGGUCGACGUCUUUUUAUAUUUUCUGGUAAACCAUGGCCUGAAUCCUUUGACAGA